AUGCACUCUUGCACCGUACUGAGCGGGUCGGAGAGAGUCGGGGGCUGCAUUGUAUCGCUCCCAGCUCUGUUCUCCUAUCAUCAAGUCGUGUCCCACCCACUCCCAGCUUUGAGAAUGAGCAACAAAGAGCCCAAAGACUGGUGGUGGGGACAUUCUGAUACCCACCCAGAUUUCGAGAAGAAACUCCCUGCGGCCUAUGCAAAUGAGAAAGAGGGACGACCGAAAGUGAUGUGUGGAGCGUGCAAGAUUAAAAAGACGAUCGAUGAGCAGCAGAAGGAGCAGCGCCGAGGCCUGCGAUUAAAUGAUCGAAAACGUCCCGACCCUCUCAAGAUGUACGAGGGCAUACGUGUUCGACAGCCCAGCUGGGCCUGCAAGAUAUUAAGAUGUAUGUCUUCGUUCGUGAGCCGAUCGGGGUGGAUCUGGCACAAUCCGAAGAUUCCGAACAGAUGCUGUCCGAGUAACGUCGGGAUAUCCGGAGAAAGCUCUAAACGCGUCAACCUCGAGCGCGAGCAAUGAGUAGGGCAGAUGUGCAAGGGUUACGAUGCUGACUGAUGAAUCAGGAUGGGACUAUGUUGUGGUUCGAAACAUGUAGAGAAAGAUGGGCUUGGGAUGAAUUUAUCCUACGACUCAGGACACAGAUUAGUUCAUGGUGGUAACGUAAGGAUGAUGAGAUGCUGUCCUAACGUCCCUGACCGCAUAGCCUGGUGAACAGGUAGACUGUAAGUAUUAGUACUUGAUGCUUGAUGUCGGCUUGAUCAAGGCCGAGUGAACUGAAGUUGCAACGUUGAAGCUUGAUUCAAGUCUAGGACGAGAG